CCAGAAUGAAGUGAAUUAUUUACAAUCAUUUAAUUUGAAUUUUUCUUUGUGUUCGUGACUUUAUUUUAUCUUUUAAUUGUUUCGAUUUGAUUACAAUUUGAUAAUCAUUAAUUAUGGAGGUUAAAGAGUCGGACCAGCGAGCGGAUAAUGGAUCACUUUAUAUCGCUGGUCGAUACAAUAAAUUCAGUCGGAAUCUUUGUCAAACCCCUUGGAUACUUGAUGGUGUCCGGCGGAUGGAAACUUCAGUUCAAGAGUUAAUUGUUGAUCAAGUUGAGAAACGAAUUAAAUUUGAAAAAGCCAGAUUCAGUUCCAGUGGCCGUGAAGAUGUUGAUGUAAGGAUGCUUGGUGAUGGAAGGCCAUUUGUUAUUGAACUAAUUAAACCUCAAGUAAUUACCAUUAGUGAUCAACUGUUAGAUGAGAUUGAGAAAUCAAUUAAUUCAAAUUGUUCAGAUGUACAAGUGAGAUAUCUUCAAUUAAUGGAUAAGAAUGAGGUAAAGGUACAAUUGAGAGCCGGUGAAACGGAUAAGAUGAAAGUUUAUCGGGCUUUGUGUUGCAUUGACAGGCCUUUUACCGACCAAGAUAUCGAUAAAUUGAAAGCAAUUAAGGAUUUAAUCAUCAACCAGAAAACACCAAUCAGAGUAUUACACAGGAGAUCACUUUUGGAUAGAACUCGAACAAUUCAUCAUAUUUUGGGCGAGAAAACUCAAGACGAACAUAAGUUCAUCAUCGAAUUAAAAACGGAGGCUGGAACUUACAUAAAGGAAUUUGUUCAUGGAGAUUUUGGCCGAACGAGCCCAAAUUUAGCUCAAAUUUUAGAAAAUUGUAGAACAGAUAUUCUAGAAUUAGAUGUUACGGAAAUAACAAUUAACUGGCCUGGACCUAAAAGCGAUCGAGCGGAGAUUCCAAUUACAAGUCAAGAGAAAUGUGAACCAAAGGCCACUGAGAGUGAGACACUUGGCGACCAUGAAGUUUGUAGUAAAAAGAUUAAAUUAAAUCAAGAUGAUUAACAAUCAUGGUACAAACACUCAGAUCAAAUGACCAAACACCAAUAAGGAUAAAAGAUCAACACAAAGAGGAAUAACUUUUGGUGGGAAAAGAGAAUUGAAAACAAUUCAAUAAAAAACAAACUCUCAUCAUAUUAAAAUGAUGAAAGAGUAAAGCUAA